AUGGUAAGCAAGUUUCACUGUAAUUUUCAGUCCCGUUACUCCUGCUCCUUGCCAUUCCGACAAACCUUUCAAAUCUGAUCAAUUUGUGGAGUAAAUUUGAACGCUAUCAGGUCAGUAAGAAUUCGUGUGCUAUUUGAGUUUCUGAUUACACACGCACGCUGGUUAACCUUAUACAGAUAAAGCGGGGUGUGUGUGGUGUUUUCAAUGAGAUGAGUAAGGUGAGUUUUUUUAUUGAAAGGAGUGGCAGAUGUAGCUAACGGUGAGCUAGCGGUGCUGGCGCGGUGCUGAGCUGCUCCAGACAGCUUUGUGGCGGCUCGGUGCGGCUUGUGACGGGCUUUUCAGCUCAGACUUUUCCACACAGGCUAUCGAAUCAGGGUUUUUUGACGUUGUAAGGUAUCUGACAUUUUCGAGUAAAUAGUCCUGAUUGCGUAUUUUAUGAUAUGGUAAAAUGUGUCAGGGGACGGGUUUCAUCUUGCUGCUUUUUUUUAGAGAUGUCGUAUGAUUAUUUUCAUGCUACGAUGUUGAAGCAGUUUAAUGAUGUAUUAUUUUUUCCAUUUUCUGUCCGCAGCUGUCCGCGUCGUUUUUUGGAUCUAACGUCGCCCAUCCUUUGCUCCACCACCUCCUCGGCUGCGCAGUCAUUGACUGUCAAAUCUCCCGGAUUUCACAUCUCUAAACCCCCUACAAAAGAAAAAAAACAUGCAAAGUCCGGAAAGACUGGAUCUUAUUACCAUGGCCAAGCUGGCGGAGCAGGCCGAGCGCUACGACGACAUGGCAGAGUCCAUGAAGGGAGUAACGGAGAUGGGAGCCGAGCUGUCAAACGAGGAGAGGAACCUGCUGUCCGUCGCCUACAAAAACGUGGUCGGGGCGAGGCGGUCUGCGUGGAGGGUGAUGUCCAGCAUCGCAAUGAAGACUGAGAGUAGCGAGAAGAAGCAGCAGACAGUCAAGGAGUUUCGUGAGAAGGUGGAGAAGGAGCUGCAAGAGAUUUGCGAAAGCGUUUUGGUAAAGUGGCUGUUUUUUUUUUUACCAUAUUUUUACCUCAGUAUAGUGUACCCUGCUCCUUCUCUUGUGCCAUUAAGCAUUGUCAUGUUUAACCCUAUAUGAAAGGACUACCUACUAGUGCACCAAAGAAACACACACACACAAAUAGCUCGGUGUCUGUCUACAUGACACAUCUAAUCUCACAAAACCUAAUGCAACAGUUUAUCAUUUCAGCACCAAAAUGUGUGUCAAAUAACAUCUGUCCUGUUUCCUGUGAGCUCCUUUUGUUGUAUAGAUACAGCCUCUAAAAAAACCAAAGAGGACAAGGAAGCAUUAUGUAGUCCACCCACUGCUUUUGCCUUUUGGGAAUCUGGAUAUAGAACAAUGGGCUUCAAACCUUGCAAUGGUGUGAACUGACAAAAAGGUCACAGUCACUACUACACUGCAAGGUGUGUCUGUAUGAGUGGAGCGAGUGAACGACAGAGAGAGAGAGCAGAAAACAUGAACAGGAAACAGAGGCCGUAUACUUUGUGUUAGCAGUGUUAUAUGCUCUACUUCCACACAGUCCCAUCUGUCAGACAGAAGCCUAAUGUGGUUGGCCAAGUGCAAGAAUUUAUAUGCAUGAACUUUCAAGUCUCCCUAAGGUACAGAUUGCAUCAACACCCAAAAAGUGACACUCUACUCUCAAGCUACUGAUUGAAACGCUGCCUACGAACAGUACUUUCCACAUCUUUCAAGUCUUAGCUUCUCUUGAAUACCACUAUCCAAUCCGAUCAGAUGUAGCAGCACAGAUAGAUUUUUCUGGAUAUCAGAGCUCGCCUCGCCCGAUUGAUUAGAUGAAUCUGUUUGGAAGCUUAGCUGUAAGAUUGAGAUAAUUUCCCUUAAUUGCUGUCAUUAAAAAGGAAGAGGCUGACCACCAUCUGGGUUCCUGAGAUCAUGCACUUGCACAGCUGUGACUCAGCUUUUAGUAUCUUUGCUGGUGAGUGUUAAUGGAGGGUGCUACAGUCCUCGUGCCUUAGCAUGUCUGCAGAAAUUGGGCAGGUUGGCUUUGUACCCACAAAAGCAGAGGUGCGGGGAGGCAUUAGACAAGAGAGCUGCCUGCAUGCCCCUCUGUCUUGACUUCCUGCACACUUAACUGUGAAACCAGACAGCCGAGAGCAGGUCUCAGUUGGAAGGCAGCAAAGGUUUGCGGAUGUUUGGGUUGCAGACAGUCUCCACACAGGAUGUCAGUCUGGGGCAUUGUUGACAAGACAAGGUGCCAGCUGAGUAGAUUGAGGUUAUUCACCUUUUUUUUCUUUCCAGAUCAUGACACUGACUGUACUCAACGACUGAAGUAUCAGGUCUGUGUUCUAGCUGGGUUUGAAUUGGAGGCUUGUGUUGUGUGGGUUUACUAUAAACACAAAUAUAAAACCUUAUCAAAGGUCAAUUAAAAAAUAAUUUGAAAUGAAGAAGAACCACACAACAGCUUAUUGCAGAAUUCCCAAUUGAAUUCAUAACAGGAUUAUUAGUUGCUGAUACCAAAAGCACUCAGGCAGUCAGACAUCAAUCCAGAAACUUCUUUCUGAGCACUGAUGGUAUCAGGUUUUAUCAGGGACAUGCUUGGGAUUAGGGCCACUCUUCUUUUGUAUGUGUGGAGUGUACAGUUUAAGAGCACUCGAGACACUGGCCAGACCGAUCCUAAUGUCAGUAGAUGAUUGGGGAGUGGCUGCAGAGGUGGGCUUUAGCCAGAUAAGCUUGGCCUGUCUUUUUUUAUGCGUUUGAAAUCAAGAGCUUCAGCGUCAUUGUGAAAUUUGAUGUUUAUAGGAAAUUAAAAGACAUUUCAAACAUCAUAUUAACCUGAAGUCAAGGUGCCACCAGGGUUGAGUCCUGGCAACAAGGAUUUUCAUUUUGAUUGAAUGGUGUAGUUGCUGUCUUUAUUUAGUUACUUUAACAAUAAUUUCCCUGAUACAGAUCAGCCAAGGAUAUUUUGAUAUUCAUUACAAAAUAAAUAUCUUGGCCUUGGUUACAAUCUGUGUUAUAUACAAUUAAUAAAUAAAUAAAGAUAAUUAUAGUUCACAUUCCUAGUGGAAAUGACAUUUUUUUAUUGCAUCAACUGCUUUUAUUUGAGAUUUGAUUUGGAUACAUUAGUUAGCUUAUAAUAAAAAACAGACAAAUCAUCAAACAAUGAGCGUGGUCUAGACCUGCUCUUUUUCUUUGGAAAGCGUCUUGGGAUCACGACUGUUGUGAAUUGGCGCUAUGUAAAUAAAAUUUGAUUGAUUGUUUGAUUGAUAAUAAUAACUAGCUUGUUAGCUUGUUGAAAAUGAGCAGGCAUUUGAAACUGGAUUUAAUUUACUUCAAAGACUAAACUGAGCUACAUCUGGACUUGCAAGACCAUACAUGUAGUGUAGGUAUUAAAUGUUAUGUGUAACACAGGCAGGACUUGUGUAUUGCUCUAGACCUUUACAAAGCUGCUUAUUUGUGAGUCAGUGUGUGAGGAAUGGUGGCAAAAAGGAAUUCUGACUUUGUUACACAGAGCUGACUGUAGGAGAGGGCUUAUUGAGCUAGCAUCCAAUCUGGGACAGAGACAGCUGGGGACACACCAGGGGCCUGGCCUGGUUGUAGACAGUUUUGGACAAACUUUCGCUGAGACUGACAAUGCCACUGGUUUAGCACCAGCUCUUGACUCUUAAUGGAGCAGAAGUGCUCCACUUAAUCAUUAACCUGGACAGCUACCUUAAACAACGCAAGGGUGCUCUCUAGUGGUUCAAAGCUCGUGGGUAACUUCAAAUGGAUGGACCUCAUGUGAUGAGUUUAAAGGGUGAUCCAAGCAGCCUGAUUUAUACUUGGAGGCCAUGGCAUCUUUGCCAUUUUAAGACAUCACUCAAAUUUUGCGGUCUUAUUGCCAUGAAGAGUCAUGCUGUUCAUUAUUUACAUAGUGCACUGAAUUGAAUUGACAUUUUCUCUCUUUACAGGGUCUGCUGGAUAAACAUUUAAUUGGAAAUGCUUCAAAUCCUGAGAGCAAAGUCUUCUAUCUUAAGAUGAAAGGGGAUUACUAUAGAUACCUUGCUGAAGUUGCCAGUGGAGAAGCAAAAUCAAGUGAGUUCAAAGUUCUGUUUUGAGAUUAUGAGGUGAAGCAUUUCUGCCUUUGUGUCAAAUUCCCUGCACACUUUUUUUCAUUCAGCUCGUAUUUGCUUGUGUGUUUCGGGUUUCAAAGUUAUGCCACAGUCAAACAGCUAAGUAGCUUUGACUCUCCGCCCCUUCACACUCCAGAUAGGAAUGUGUCAGAUUUUGUCCCAGGGCUAGGAGCUGGAAAUGAUGUUAAGUAGAGCAAUGCGUCAUAGUCGUGUGGCCAAGGGGGCCCGUCUCAUUGGAGGGUAAAACAGGAAUGUGUGGCAGCUAAUUGUUAGGGCAUCCACUUUUCCCAUAUGGAUAAUGUAGUUAGAAAGAAUAUCAGCCCUACCUGCUCUUCACCAAUUUAAAAAAAUGACUGAUAUCACAAUAUGUUUUAUGAUAUACCAAGAUGUAGGAUAUAAAGUGUUAUAUAUUGAAAUCUCCUUUGAAUCAGUGUAAAUCUUCCAUUUUAUCCUUUGAUGCUUGCAACAACAGAUCAUUUCACAAAUGACUGAUUGAGUGUUUUUCCCUGGAUCCUGAGAAAAAAAAUGUUUCUAGUGUCAUUCCUACUUGUGAAAACAUAAUCCAUGCAUCAUACAUGGGUGUGAAAGAAAAAGAAAAAGGGUAGAUGCCUAUGUGUCAGUGUAAACUUACUGAGGGAGAGUAGUCUUUUUUUAUUUUUGUAGGGCAGUCCCACUCUGAGGUAGGGAGAUUAUGAAAAGACUUAAGAGAUUUUCUAUUGUUUCAUAACUGAUGGGAGGUGACGAUCAGAUAUGACUCUGAUCUGUCUGUCUGUCUGUUUUUCAAUGCAGCACAGUUACGAGACAUUGCAUGGAUCUAUGUGUUAAUGACGUCAACCUAUUUUUUUUUCCCUACUUUAAUCAGUCAGAGGUCUUUUCUCAAAAAAAAAUGACUGUCUAAUGACAAAAGCUUUAGACAGUACCGUCUGCUGCGCUGUGCUGCUAGAGCAGCAGGUCUGUGCAAAAGAGCAGUCUUCAAAGUUCAUCAUCAUUAAGGUUUUCUAAAAUCAAAUGAAGGUGCAUGAAUGCAGGAGGGUUUUCAGGAUGGGCCAGAGAGAGUGUUGUCUGCAGUGAGAGGGGCAUUGAGAGAAAGGGAGAGAGUUGAAACUCAAAGGGGAAUUACAUGCAGAUGGGUUAAAAGGUUUGUUCUGAUUGGUCAAAAUGUUAAUUUAAGUAGCUUUGGAUACAACUUUGUUUAAAUUUAGCUGGUCGUAUCGGAAACUCUUCAGAUGCUUUCAAUUAAUUCUAAAUUCUACUGUUCACAGAGAUCAUUGAAGACUCACAGCAAGCAUAUGAGGAAGCACUGAAAAUCAGUCAGAAGGAAAUGGAUCCCACACACCCCAUCCGCCUGGGCUUGGCCCUCAACUUCUCUGUCUUCUACUACGAGAUCCUCAACUCCCCAGAAAAAGCCUGUGAACUGGCUAAAAAGGUUGGUCAUAAAAACUCUGCCAUUCUUCCACUUUCACUCCCCCAAUAUCUUUUUUUUUUUUGUUUGUUUUUUGUUUUUUGGGUGCUAGGCAGUACAGCAAAGGCAUGACCACAAUGUUUUCUCCUAAACCACUCAAUGAGUUUUUAUCAGAAUAUUUAAUUAAAUAUGCUGUUGAUAAAUCACAGCCUGAAGAAAGAACAGAUGUUAUUGCUUUAACUUUGGGAUAUUGUUUAUCCACUGACAUUAAAUAAUUCAUGGCUGAAUUUUUAAUGAAAAACCAACAGAAGAAUACCAAUCAAAACAUUUUCUAGUGAGACUGAAAAGGUGGAGCCAAGUCUUUGGCAAACUGAAGAGCCUGCGAGGACAUCCACUUCCCUUACUGGCUGCUCAUUAACGCUUUGCCGUAGAAAAUUAGUCUAUACUUUGACGAGCAAGUUUUAAACUACAGAUCGACUGUUGCUUUGCUUAUGGUCAUUUGGUAAUUUGUUUCUCAGCUCCAGUUGCUCUUCGUUUGCUUUAACAUUUUCCAUUUCGCUUACAGGCGUUUGAUGACGCCAUCGCUGAGCUCGACCAGCUAAAUGAGGAGUCCUACAAAGACAGCACUCUAAUCAUGCAGCUCCUCAGAGACAACUUGACAGUGAGUUUCUUCCUCUCCCCCGAUGGCACAAACAUGACCUUAACAGAGAGAUGAGAUUUAAUUAUAAGAAGAAGGAGUUUUGAAAGGUCUGAGUAGAAGCUCAACAGCCUGAAAAUUUUGGCAAGACAACAAGAUUUUGUUUGUUGAAUAACUCUACUGAUUAAGUAAUGAAAAUAAAUGUGGAGAUAUUGUAGGAGAAGUGUUUUGAAGUGAUUAACAUUCAGUGUGUUUACUAUUAGAAAAGUCUAUGUCAUCCAGCUCUCACAUGUCUUAAAAUUCAAAAAACAGUUCAUCUAUUCCUCUGGAUUUUAAAACAAGCAUCUGUUUGUCUCCCAGUUAUGGACAUCGGACAAUGCUACUGAGGAAGGCGAAAUCGGAGGAGAAGGAGGAGAGGCCCCUGAGAAUGAGAACUAAAACACACAAGCUCUCGACGUUGCGGGUCAUCUCAGAAAACAAGAAAAGGAAAAGAAAAAAAAAACUUUUUACACAUCCUUCAUUCCUUAUUGCUCCACUCAAACAUUCUACCAAUGAAACCCAUUGCUGAAAAGAGUUGCGUGAGUAAAUAUAAAAAAUAUGAUUUUCACACUGUAGAUUUGGACAAGUGUUGAAAAGAGAAGCCUUCCAUUCCUAUGAUUUGUGUUUUGUCCUGGCCUUCUCAUUUGUGCAGUUUCAGCUGUAGAAAAGUGAUAGCUAGCUUGACAUGAUCUUGGACUUUUGGCUUAACUAUGAGGGAGAAAAGUUUCUGCUCAACUAUCGAACAACUGGAAACUUAAAAUCCCAUCAAUUGAGAGAGUUGUUGAUAUUUUUUCGAUGAGAAAUGUUAAAUAUAAGAAAAAAAAUAGCUACCCCAUCACCUUUUUAGUGUGUCUGUCUCUACACAGUUUUGUGGUACGGUUACAGCAGCUGAAGUUCAAAUACAAACAGAAAUUCAUACUGCAGGGAAAGCUAGUGCACUUUACAUGCUGGCAACAAAAACGACAAAACAGCCAAUAGUGCCAAUUGGUUCAGUCCUCACUCCCUGCCCUGGUUAUGAUGCCACACUUUCACUAAAGCAUGCCUGUUUGGGGAUGGGGGGAAUGGUGGGAUUUGUCUGACCAAAUGCAGGGAUCAUCGUAAUUGGGGAAAGAUUCUGUCAUGCAUGUGUUAUGAGAUAUUACACUGGAAUGGGAACAAAUGCUGUAACACACAAGUCCAAGUGUCAAGUUCAUUCUUUUCAAUGCAGGUUUGUACACGCCCCAUAAAAGGGUGCUUUGUUAGUCUGUCCAGUGAUUUUUCAUUAGAGAUUUGGGCCACUAUUGUUUUACUCCUCAUUCAACUGUAGUCCCUAAAUGCCUUGUGGAACUGUUUGAAUCCCUAUGUAUCAACUAUGUUAACAUGAAUAAAACAUUUUAUAAACCAAGUCAA